CUCGUCUUCGGCGAGGAAAACGCACUUCGCCGCUCGCGUGUCUCUCGUGUCUCUCUCUCGGGUGGAUGUACACACGCCGCGGUCCACGAGUGCGUUUAAUCGACUUCCGUCAAAACGCGUUGUGUGUCGGCCAGAAAGUAAAUGAAUUGCUUCCGGUGAAAAGAGGAGGCGCGGAAGAAAGACUUGAAAACUCACCAGACACUCACAUCCUUUUUCUCCAGGCCUCGUUGAUGCCUGAUUCCUUCCUUGGCAGCUCUGUGCUCCUGUCUCCUUCGUCGCGUCGCUCUUCGCCUCGCUUCGCCGUUCCUCGCUUUUUCUGAAACGCUGUCCAUCCAUCUGUCUGCUGCCCUCCUCGCUCCCGGCCUCUCUCUUUUCCUGCCUGGGUGCUCUUUCGUCUCUCUCCAAAAAAAACAGACUGCCCUGUCUCCUCUCUGUCCGGCCCCUUCCUCUCUCCUCGUUUCCUCUGGCCGACACUGGUCGGUCUCCCGUUUUUGCCUCCUUCCCUCCUCUCCGUCGGCCCUCUUUCUCUUUGUCUCUUCUUCUGCUGCCUUUCCUUGCCCCCUCCGCUCCGCCGUUUCCUCUCCUUUCGCCGCGCUAUCCCCGCUCUCUCUUCGCCGCCUUUUCCGCGCCUUCUCUCCUUUUCCGCGCCUUCUCUCCUUUUCCGCCACGAUGGCCUCGCCACUUCGCUCGCGAGUCUCAGGUCCGCCUGACGAGCAUGAAGUCAACGCAGAGGACAUGGAAAUGCAGGACGAAGUGACGCCGCUCAGAGGCUACGCGGCACAAACAGAAGGAGGCGACGAAGGAAGAGUCAGCAACUUCCCCGGUGCUGAAAGUCAGGGAGGAAGGGAGAACAUGGAGGCCGAACACGACACUCAAGGCGCCGAGGACAACUUCCAGAGAUCUUCUCCUCUCUCGAGAAGACGACGCCCAGCGACACAGCGAGAAGCGUUUCCCCAUGGCUUUUCGCAACAUCUGUCGGAGAACGCGCCGCAGAUGUCGGCCGCGACGCACCGAGGACUCGAGUCUUCUGCGAGCGAGUACGGCGGCACUCCCUUGGCGGUUCGAAGAGUCCGGUUCGCUCGCGCCGACUUGGGGGACAUGGGCAGGGAGUUCUUGCUCCAAGACAGCGACAUGCAACGUCUCCCUGAACUCCCCAAGGAGGUCGUCGACAGCAACAUGGAAAGAAAAUUCAACGAGUUCUUCGAGACUUUCCGCGUCGAAGACACCGAAGGAAUUUUGGAGCUCUCUGAAGAGGAGAAGGCGAUCUCGGCUCUGGCGAACGACGCAGCGUACGCAGAUGCAGGGUGUCGGAGCUUCUACGCGAUCAAGUUACUGCAGUACAUGGAGCGCCGGGGGGCGGCGCUGAUGGCUGGCCACAGCUCGCAGACUGGUCUCUCCUUCGACGUGUCUCUCCAGCAUUUGUUUCUCUUCGACAGACAGCUGUACGACGCGGCAGUGAAUGCGCCGCAAGACGCGAUUGCUGCGUUCGACGCGAUUCUCCGGAGGAAGUUUGCGGAUCUCCGAGAGCUGCACGGAUGCUUCAGCGACGAGGGUGCGGGACAUCUCGGGGCAGAGGAAGUCCUCCUUCAACAGGCCCCCCGCCUGCGUCUGUUUUCCAAACCGCCAGCCUUGAUGGAUUCUGCUCGUUCUCUCGACCCGUCUGUCGAUCUGGAUCGUCUCGUCUGUCUCAAGGGCAUCGUCGUUCGGACAAGCGAAGUGUUGCCUGAAAUGACGAUGGCUGCGUUCAGAUGCCAAGGCCAGAAGCGCGUGGACGUGAACGAGUACACGGCCUGUCUGCAAGAAGUCUACGAAUGCGUGGUGAAUGGCGAGGCGCUCGAGCCGAAAAAAUGCCAAGCCUGCGGGGGAGCGAACACAUUCGAGUUGUGGCUUGAGCAGUGCGCCUUCGCGUCGAAACAGCUGAUCAAACUCGUCGAACUUCCAGAGAAGCUGCAGCCUGGAGAAACCCCGCAGUCCAUCUCCGUCUUCGCCUACGACGACCUCGUCGAUUGCUGCCACCCUGGCGACCGCGUCGAACUCACCGGUGUUUUCAAGGCCGCGCCAUUGCGAGUGAAUCCGCGACUGCGGCUGCAGCACGCAGUGUUCCGAACGUUUGUCAGCUUGAUUCACGCGCGCAAGGAGUCGAGAGAGUCUGCUCGCGGCAGCGCGCUGUUUCUGCCUUCUCUGGAGGAACCGGCGAACGCUGCGUGCGAUGAAGAAGGCCGGGACGCAGAGGAACGCGCGCGCCUUGCAGGCAACGCAGACGCCGCGACUGCGGCCGCAGCCGCGAUCUCCGGGGCAGCGCCUGUCGCCCUCGAUGGAGAAGAUUUCCACUUCUCUCCAGAAGUCGAAGCCAAAAUCAAAGAAAUCAGCCAGCGAUCUGACGUAUACGACCUGCUGGUGCGUUCGUUUGCGCCUUCGCUGUUUGGACGUGAAGACGUAAAGAAAGGAAUUUUGUGUCAACUUGUGGGCGGGACACACUUGCUGCCGUCAGCGGAGGAGGAAGGCGAGACGCGCGGCCAGGAAGGCAAAGGAAAAAGCAAGGCGCGCCACGAACUCCACAUUCUGCUUUGCGGCGACCCUGCAACUGCCAAGUCGCAGUUGUUGCAGUAUGUGCAUAAGAUCUCGCCCAGGUGUAUGUACACUUCGGGACGCGGCAGCAGCGCAGUCGGUUUGACUGUCUGUGUGUCGAAGGAUCCGGAAACUCGCGAAUUCGUUCUUGAAAGCGGAGCCGUGGUUCUCGCGGAUGGCGGCGUCUGCUGCAUCGACGAGUUCGACAAGAUGGAAGAAGCCGGCAGGUCCAUUCUCCAUGAGGUCAUGGAGCAACAGACUGUGACAGUCGCAAAGGCAGGCAUUGUCGCCUCGCUGAAUGCUCGGACUGCGAUUCUCGCGUCCGCAAAUCCAGUGAGCUCUCGGUACGACCGUCGCCGCGCCGUGAUUGAGAACAUCAAUUUGCCUCCUUCUCUUUUCUCGCGUUUCGACUUGAUUUAUCUGCUCCUCGACACGGCAGAUCCACGCACAGAUCGGCUGCUUGCCCAUCGCCUCUGCCGCUCCUUUGGCAGCCGCAAAAGUCCCGAGACUGACGAUGGAAGUGCAACGCAUGCAGACACGCGGCCGCCUCUGCCGGCAGGGUUCUUGGGUCUGUACAUUGCGUACUGUCGGUACCGCUGCGCACCGCGUUUGACUCUGGAGGCUCGCGAUCACCUGCGGGACGAAUAUCUUCGCAUGCGCCACCGGGACGUGACUUCCAAACACCCGACGGCGACGAUUCGGCAACUCGAGUCUCUGAUUCGCAUUUCCGAGGCUCUCGCGAAGAUGCGCCUGUCCAAGGAAGUGACCCGCGCAGACGCCAUCGAGGCUGUGAGACUGAUGAACUUGGCCACGUACCAAUCGCUUGUCGAUCCCUACACAGGCCGCAUCGAUUUUGACCAGAUUCACUUUGGCCAAACUCGCCAGCAGCGCAUGAUUGCACAGCGAGCGACGGAAGCGAUCAAGGAGGUUCUCUCUGCAGCAGCAAGUGCCCCGGGCCAGUCUGCCAUGACUCGCGAGGACAUCUUUGUCAAAGUCAAGGAACUCAUGAGAGAAACUGGUGGUCGCCACGAAAUCGUCGAGCCCAACUUGCUGUUUGAGGCGCUUUCGAACCUCGAGAAAGACCAGAUUGUCACAAAAAAGCCUGGCGGUCUGUACCAUAUGAGUGCGUCGCCUGCGACUGCGUGAAGAGCAGACUGAGAAGUGAGAGGAGACGCCCGAAGAACAGGCUGGACAUUCUUUGUGAAUUUGCGUUCUCCGUGGGCAGAGAAUGCAAGGACUGGGGAGAAGAGCCGUCAGCUGAAUAGGCUAGUGAUGACGGAGGCAACGUUUGUCGUUGAAGAGGCGGGUGCUGCGUCUCUUCAAAAAUAGGAAAAAUGCACCAGUGUCGGUUGCCUGGUGAGGCGCGUGGCUUCUCGCUGUUCUCGCGGUGCCAAGUUUUUGCUAAAAGAAACGGAGACCAAGUCCUCACUAAUACGCGCUAGAAUUCGACCAACAAAGCAUCGGAUCGUGCAAUCGUCAGAUUACGUCUGUGCACGCAUAGGCAUAUUUCUGUGUAUAGCGUGAAAUCUGUAGAACUGAGGCCACGGGGGGGACGUUUUCCGCAUGAACCGAAGAACGACGACGCGCCACAAUUACAGGUCGCUCAUGGGCGUUCAGCGGCUGACUCACGAUUCUGAAAAAGUGCUUUUUCCGAAGCCCACGUCGAGCAUAGAAAACCCUGGCGACAAAAACCAGAAACGCCCCGUAAGUGUACACUUGAACAACUUUGGAGGAGAAAAGCUCCCUCACGGCCCGGCAAAACUGCGUGAAAAACGGUACUCUGUGUUCUUUGGAGUCGAACUGUUGAUAAGGCGGUGAACCAUGUACAUGAGAAGCUUACAUUAAUUCGUGCCUAAUGGGUAUUAACAGAGCUCCACUUUCGUGGAAGAAUCUGACUCUCAAGCGAGGCGGGGACGCAGACGCAACUCGGUCGCGGAAAAAGUUGGAACUUGUCGAUGAAGAGGUUUUGACAUCUCAACUGUCUUUUUUUUGUGUCGGCGUCGAUACGCACUCCAUGAUGGCUUAUGCAGCUGUACGGCGCUAGCCUGAAUCAUGCUUUGUUUAGCAAGACAGGCAUUUUCUCAAACUGUGUGUGCUUUCUGUCUUGUGCGAACACUUUCGUGGACUCGGGGUGCAUCGCUCGCUUCUCGCCACCCCACGAGACGCUCUUGACAUGUACUGCGCCAGUGAUACUCCGCUUGGCCGCGCAUUUUCCCUCUUUUUGUUAGAAGCUUAUCGAUUUUUCGAAGUCAUCUUAUCUGCCGCGUCGGUCGCCCCGCACGACCCUUCCUUGUUCUUGACAGCUUCUAAAGAAACGGCUCGGCCUCGGGAAGAACUCAGCCGCUGCACACUUGUCCUGAAAAACUCGCUUUCGGUCGUCAGGUCCACUGAGUAAGCCGUAGGAACCG